CGACUCGCUAGGGAGCCAUUUCACCUAAUUACAUUUAGUUAUUAAUGAACGUUUAAAUGAAAUACGUCCCGAACGCAUAGGCCUGCUUUCAUUAUGUGACUGCCAGAAGCGAAUUUAUAUUCUACUUUGUUGUUUCAGGCGACGGUACAGACAAUUGGCUUUGAAAUGUAAUAUACAAUGUAUCAUCUUAAAUUGCAUAUUUACAUGCGUGCCGAGUAGUCCUAAAUAAAAGUAUGGAACACAACAUUGCCACAUGCUUAUUGUAACAUUUCUAAACGAACGGUACUUGAAAAGGGUUGAGAUUGGCUCAGAUCUGAGGUUUUAACCUGUUCAGUGCUGGCUUGGAUUAGUUGAACACUGCUUGUUUGGGAGCGCGCCGGGAAUCACGAGAGUGCACACCGGAGCUGGUUAUCGUUCCUCUGCGGUUCAACCUCUAUUGUUCUGUCGAGGCGUCAAUGCGUGAAUCACACAGAGGGAGAGAGACCCAUGGCAAAGUGGCUGAGGGACUACCUAAAUUUUGGCAGUCGGCGCGGACCCCCCCAGCCCCCAACGCCGGACUACACAGAGAGCGAGAUUCUGCGUGCGUACCGGGCGCAGAAGGCGCUGGACUUCGAGGACCCCUACGAGUGUUCAGAGCGGCGGGACUCGCCCAACGGCGGCGAGGAGGAGGACGACGACGGCGGCGGCUUUGAGGCGUUCGGAGCGGUGCUGCCCAACGGGCUCCAGGUGAAGGUGGUGUCGCCCAAACACCGCCUGAUCAAGGUGGACUCGCAGGAGUUCGGACGCUGCGCCCCCAUCCUCACGCCCAGCCUCAGCAGCACCAUAUCCUUCCAGGAUCCCCCGUCUCCUCCGGUGAUCCCAUCUGCCCCUGUGGUGGGGGACACGGACUACUCGGACCCGUUUGACGCCCGACCCGACCCCCGGUCCCGACCCGUCCAGGAGGUGCCUGCAGUGGAGAGUGGGAGCUACAUGGAGCCCUUUGAGGCCCAGAGGGUCAUCACAGAGCUGCAGCAGGGCCAGAUGCUGUAUGACAGCCCGUAUGAGGAGCGGAGUGGGUGUCACCUGGGGGCGGAGUCAGAGGAGGAGGAACGAGAGAGCCGCCUCCCACAGGAUGACGAGCGGCCUGCGGACGAGUAUGACCAGCCCUGGGAGUGGAAGAAGGACAACAUCUCAAAAGCACUGGCAGCGGUGCAUGAUGGAAGAGAGGUGAGAGAGUGGGAGGAUCAUGGCCGCCACCCCCGCUGCAGCCCCACCACCAGUGGCAGCGCCAGCCUGCGCCGCCCGUCCGACCCACACGGCCUGCUGGGGGAGAGGGUCGACCCCCUCCUGCCUCUGGAGAAGCAAGUCUGGUACCAUGGUGCUUUGGCGCGUUCUGAGGCGGAGUCUCUCCUGACGCUGUGUAAGGAGUGCAGUUACCUCGUGAGGAACAGCCAGACCAGCCGAGCGGACUACUCCCUCUCCAUCAGGAGCUGCCACGGCUUCAUGCACAUGAAGUUCUCUCUGUCCAAGGAGGGCAAGUACAUCCUGGGGGAGAACAGCCCUCCGUUCGACACCCUCCCCGAGGUCAUCCACCACUACACCACCCACAAGCUUCCCAUCCGCGGCGCGGAGCACCUCUCCCUGCUCUACCCCGUGGUGGUGCAGACGCUCUGAGCACCUCCUCUCCCUCCUCUUCCCCGUGGGGGUGCAGACGCUCUGAGCACCUCCUCUCCCUGCUCUUCCCCGUGGUGGUGCAGACGCUCUGAGCACCUCCUCUCCCUCCUCUCCCCCGUGGGGGUGCAGACGCUCUGAGCACCUCCUCUCCCUGCUCUUCCCCGUGGGGGUGCAGACGCUCUGAGCACCUCCUCUCCCUGCUCUUCCCCGUGGUGGUGCAGACGCUCUGAGCACCUCCUCUCCCUCCUCUUCCCCGUGGUGGUGCAGACGCUCUGAGCACCUCCUCUCCCUCCUCUCCCCCGUGGGGGUGCAGACGCUCUGAGCACCUCCUCUCCCUGCUCUUCCCCGUCGUGGUGCAGACGCUCUGAGCACCUCCUCUCCCUCCUCUUCCCCGUGGGGGUGCAGACGCCCAGCAUCCCCCACCCCCACCCCUGGUGGAGUCUCGCCAUGGCGACAACUAUCCCACACCCCCUCCACCCCCCAGAGCUUGUCUCAACGGCAACUACCCCCACACAAACCAGAGCGUCUCACCCACCAAACAAGCAUCACAGUCUUCAGCCUCCAUGAACAAACACCUCGAUGAACAAACACCUCGACCCCUCUGCACUCUCAGUACUGGGUGUUUAGUAACUGUUUGGGGGUCCAAUCAAGCUUUGCUCACCCAGCAUACGGGAGUAUCUUUGAGUUUCGUUACAAAGUAUAACAGGGUCCCUCAAAGCUUGACUUUAAAAAAAAAUUGGGUUUUCUCGGGAUUUUCACUAUAGAUUUUUUGAUGAAGAACCUGAGGAUUGGCCUUUUGUCCUACACAUGUCAGUCACACGGCGUCUGCCAAACUGUGGGAGCUCAAACUGACAGAGUGUCAGGCAAACACCAACAGCCUCUCCCUGGGGGGGGGCAGCCCAGGGGCAGGUAUGGGGGCAACUCAGUAUUAUUGUUCAGACUGGGGCAUCAGAAGGGACUCUUGAUCUCACUUUCAACUCCUUUUCAGGGGGAAUCAUUAAGGACUUCUGGUCUCAAGGCAUCAGGACUAGUUCUGAGGAGUAAGGGGCCGUCUUCGUCCUGUGAGACGUGUGAGGCUCUGGUCACAGAACCCUGUCUCGUCUGAGACUCCCUGAUCUCUCACAGAACCCU